AUGGUCAACCCGGGCUCUACUACUGCCAAGUUCCCAAGCAACAAGAAGACGCUCAGCAAGUGGGCUUCAGUGGCCUCGGUUCUCUGCACCGAUGCUCCCUGUGACGCGCUGGGCUGUCAACCCGGUGGCAAAUGCGUGGUGGAUGAGAACGGCGAGCGCUACUGCAAGUGGG